AUGGAGAACAAUGGCUGCUUCGGCAGAGACUGGGUUUAUCUGGUUUUGUCAGUCGCCCCCUACGUCUACAACUUGUGCGGCAAGUAUCCGUCUGAAAAAUGGAUCCGACGCUUCCUCAAGAGGAAUGAGGCCCAAAUUGCAGCAAGAUGGUCGUCAACACUCGAUCCAAUGCGGGCUCAAGCAUUCAACUUUCCUGUGGUUCAGGAUUUUUUCAGGCAGUUUGAGGCGGUGAUUGAGGAGCACGAUAUACCUUGGGAGAAUGUAUACAACAUGGACGAGAAAGGGAUACAGCUCGGAGGUGGUCGAAAAUCCAAUGGCCGCCUUUUUUUCUUCUGUCGCUACGACCGCCAAAAUUAUCGGAUUCACGGGGGUAACUUAGAAUUAGUUACGGUCAUAGAGUGUGUUUCUGCCAUUGGUGGCAACAUACUACCGGGUUUUAUUUUUGCAGGCGCAAUUAUCGACGCAGAGUCUUACAAAGUUCACCCCCUAAUAUUUCUAACUACAUCAGAAAAUGGAUGGACUGACGACUUUCUGUGCGCCAAAUGGUUUCAAAAAACCUUUAUUCCUCAGACUCGCGCUCUGAACAAGACAGGCAAACCUAUCCUCCUUAUCUACGACAGCCACGGUUCUCAUUUGACCACGGAUAUGAUUACACUUGCUGUAGAGAAUAAUAUCCAGCUUCUUUGUCUCCCCCCACAUACUACUCACCGCCUACAGUCUCUCGAUGUUGGCGUUUUUGGCCCCCUGCAAAAGGCCUGG